AUGGCUUUGCAGCGAUCAAGAUGCCUCUCACGGGGCGUCGGCGAAGCUGUCUUGUCCGCUGCAACCUCAACCACCGCAAGGCCCAUGGGCCCUCUCUCGCUGAGAGUCAAACAGAUGCGCCAAUUCUCUACGACGCCUCGGAGGCGAGAGCUUGAAGAGAUCAAGGCAGCUCCGCCCAUCGAACUCGGCAAAUUCGCUGUCUCCCCUACCCGCAUUAUUCCCGCGUCGCCGUCCUAUUUCUCCGGCAGUCCCAAGUUCAUUGACCACCAAAUCAAACUAGAAGCCUUCUUGGACAAGUACUCAUCUAUGCCAACAGUAUCAGCUACUGAAGCGCCUCGAAUGGCCUGGUUUAAAUUAGCCCAAUUCCGCGACUUUCUCGGAGAGCCUAUUCCUGCGAAGAAAUACAAGAACUUCCAAAAAGUUCUCCAGCGUCUUAAUCGCAUCCAACCGUCUAUUGCUCCGCCAGCAGUGCGUUCCGCGCUAAAUGAUUAUGUCCGACCCGGUAACCCAUAUGCCAAUAAGCCAGCCCCAAGAGAGGUGGAUGAGUUUGGUCGUGGCCGAGGAAAGGGGAAACGAAAGGAGUCCUCGGCCGUUGUCUCUCUUGUGGAAGGUGAGGGACAGGUGAUGGUAAAUGAUCGAAACAUUGUCGAUGUGUUUCCUCGUGUUCACGACCGAGAGAGUGCACUGUGGGCAUUGCGAUGUACAGCACGACUCGACAAAUACAACGUCUGGGCCAGAGUUUCCGGUGGAGGAGUCACUGGCCAGGCAGAGGCAAUUACAUUGGCUGUUGGUCGUGCCUUGAUGGUGCAUGAGCCUGCAUUGAAGCCAAUUUUGCGGCAAGCUGGAGUUAUCACGGUCGAUGCCCGUCGUGUGGAGAGGAAGAAGCCUGGCCACGUGAAAGCACGAAAGAUGCCUACCUGGGUCAAGCGGUGA